CAAACGCUGAUCAUUACCACCAAAUUUCUCUUAUAAAUCCGAUGAUUUGUAGUUAAGGAAACCCCAUCAAAAGAGGAGGAAGAAGAUCAACGAUAUCCAAGAUCUCGGAUCUUUCAAAGCUUCAUCCCCUUCAGGUACGCAAAGACAAAAAAAGCGAUCCAUCGAUCUCUCCCUCUCAUAAACAUAUAUAUAUAGAUAAGAAAAUGCAAAGUUAAGAGUUGCUGUUUGGUGAUUCCUAGGAUUAAUCCAUGCAAAGAGGGAAAAAGGGUCUGUCUAUGUCGUUUUUCCAGUCUUAUUAUAGAUCUGGAUGCGCUUCUAAUCUUCAGUAUUAUCGAAACAGAGAAUAUUCUAACAAAAACGAAAGUGAUCGUAUUUACAAGAAUUACAGAGGGUAGAAAGAGAGAGCUUUGGAGAGAGAUUCGAAGGUUUGUGGUGUUGACAUGAGCAACAAGCGACAGGUUGAAUUAGACGAUGAGCAAAUCGCCGAGCUGCGUGAAAUCUUUCGUUCUUUCGAUCGGAACAAUGAUGGGAGUCUCACACAGCUUGAGCUAGGAUCGCUCUUACGAUCGCUUGGUCUAAAACCAAGCCCGGAACAGCUCGAGACGUUGACCCAAAAGGCUGAUAAGAACAGCAACGGUUUGGUUGAGUUUUCAGAGUUUGUGGCGCUUGUGGCGCCGGACCUUCUUCCGGCGAAGUCUGCUUAUACAGAAGAGCAGCUAAGGCGGCUGUUUGGGAUGUUUGAUAGAGAUGGAAAUGGGUUUAUCACGGCAGCCGAGUUGGCGCACUCUAUGGCUAAGUUGGGGCAUGCGCUUACGGCCGACGAGCUGACGGGAAUGAUCAAGGAGGCGGAUACGGACGGAGAUGGCAGAAUUAAUUUUCACGAGUUCUCGCAGGCAAUAACAUCGGCUGCAUUUGAUAAUUCAUGGGCUUGAAUGACGAAACAAUGGGAUUUGUUUUGGUCAGGCUAGACAAUUUCCGCGCUAUCAGAUUGAUGAACAAUUCCAACAUGCCCACAGAGCUACAAUUUUUGGAUUAUUCGAUCAGGGGCUGAUUACUUUCUUUCAUGAACCAUAUUCUGCCUCACAAAUGUGGCAUCCACACAUACAUUUCCUUGUUCCCAUUCUGUGUUGCAUUUUCUUCAAUCUUCCCAUUUCUUGUUUUUUUUUUU